AUGGCUGAUUCGAAUAGGGAAAGUUUGGCAUUCAUUGAAGAGGGCAAUGAUGCUGAUGCAGAAAGCGAUGAAUUGGAAGUUGAAGAAGGACCUGCUUUUAAAAAGCCUAGGAAAAGGCAAGCGCGUUGCUGGAAAUAUUUCACAAUAAUAGGAGAAAAAGGGAAUGAAAAGGCAAGAUGCAAUGAUUGCAAGAUAGAGUACAAGAUGGACAGUAAGACUUGCGGUACGUCUACUUUAAACCGUCACAUUAACAAAUGCACACAAAUCAAACAUGAAGAUAUUGGCCAAGUCAUUUUAGACAUGCAAGGUAAAAUGAAGGCUAUAAAAAUAGAUAUGAAGGUAGCACGUGAGAUGUAUGCUGAAGCUGUUAUUGAACAUGACCAGCCCUUUAACUUUACUGAGUAUAGGAAGUUUAGGCGUUUUCAUAAUUACUUGAAUCCAGAUUGGACUGGCAUUUCUAGAAAUUCUCUUAAACAAGAUGUUUUAAAUGUGCACAUGAGAGACAAGAAGAAGCUGAAAAAGAUGUUUGGUAGCAUUGAAAGUAGGAUGUGCUUAACUUCAUAUUUGUGGAAAUCUUGUAAUACCGAGGGUUAUGUUUGCUUAACUGCCCAUUUCAUUGAUGUAAAUUGGAAGCUGAAUAGUAAAAUUAUUGCCUUCCGUUAUAUGCCUUCUCCUCAUACUGGAUUUGAAUUGACUCAUAAAAUACUUGGUUUGUUAAAGGAAUGUGGCAUAGAGAAGAAGAUUUUUACCAUUACUUUGGAUAAUGCAGCUGCAAAUGACUCUAUGGUUGGUGAUGGAGUAAAAGUUGUAAAUGAUGCCUUGUCUCGGAUUAGAGAGAGUGUUAAAUAUAUAAAAGGCUCAGAAUCAAGAAUGAUCAAAUUUAAGGAGUACAUUGAACAAGUUGGUGGUGAGAACACUGUAACUGCAUUGAUAGCAGAUGUACCCACUAGAUGGAAUUUCACUUAUGAAAUGCUUGAUCGUGCUCACAAAUUCAGGCGUGAGUUAUCAAUUCUCCAAUUGAGUGAUAGAAAUUACAAGUAUUGUCCUUCAGAAGAAGAGUGGAAUAGGUUGGAAAUUCUUUGUCGGUUCUUGCAACCGUUUUGUGAGAUCACUAAUUUGAUGUCUGGCACUUCUUAUCCUACUUCUAACUUGUAUUUUCUACAAGUUUGGAAAAUUCAGCGUGUUCUCAUUCGUAUGAGUACUGAUGAAGAUGUGGUGGUAAGUAGCAUGGCUAAUAAGAUGAUGGAUAAGUUUCAAGAAUAUUGGGAAGAGUAUAGUGAUGUGCUUUCACUGGGAGCUGUUCUUGAUCCUCGCAUUAAGUUUACUACAUUAUCUUUUUGUCAUAGAAAGAUUGAUGCUUACACACAUGAUGACAAGAUGGAAAAUAUAAAGGCAAACGUGUAUAAGCUCUUUGAUAAUUAUGUAAACAUUAAUUCAUCAACUACCACUGAUCAAAGUCAAGAUAACACUCACUUUUCAAGUCAAGGGUCAAUGGAAACGAGAGGAUGGAAUGAUGAGAUCUUUGAUGAAUUGUUCUUGCACAAUCAACACCUUGCAAUAAAUGCUGGAAAAUAUGAACUUGAUGUUUAUUUAGAGGAGCCUAUAUUGGUUAUUGACAACUGGAAUAGUUUUGAUGCAUUGCAAUGCAUUGGAUCACGUGUGCUUAAUAAAUAUAGAAAUAAGUUGUUGUCAAAGAAUGUUGAAGCUUUGGUAUGUACCCGCAAUUGGUUGGCUAGUUUUGUUGCCAAUGAUGAUGAUGAUGAUGGCAUUUCCCAUAUAUUAGCUUCUUCACGGGGAUCUAAUGGUCAUGAAACUUUGUAG